CGAAGUCGGGUAGUGAGAGAGAGAGAGAGACUGAGACGCGAGCGCUGCUGCGGGCGGGCGGUGGUUUGGUGUCAGGUGAUCAGGAGCCGUGUCUGUCUGGAGAAGUCACACACACACACACACAGAGAGAGAGCGAGAGAGGGAGAGAGUCGCGGAAUCAUGCCUACAACUCAACAGUCCCCUCAGGAUGAGCAGGAAAAGCUUCUUGAUGAAGCAGUUCAGACUGUAAAGGUUCAGUCUUUCCAAAUGAAGCGAUGCUUGGACAAGAAUAAACUGAUGGAUGCACUGAAGCACGCCUCCAAUAUGCUUGGUGAGCUGAGGACUUCUAUGCUUUCACCGAAGAGCUACUAUGAACUCUAUAUGGCCAUUUCGGAUGAACUGCAUUACUUGGAGGUUUAUCUGACUGAUGAGUUUGCCAAAGGCAGAAAGGUGGCUGACCUCUACGAACUUGUUCAGUAUGCUGGCAAUAUAAUCCCGAGACUCUACCUGCUCAUCACUGUUGGAGUAGUCUACAUUAAGUCAUUUUCCCAGUCACGGAAGGACAUUCUGAAGGACCUGGUUGAAAUGUGUCGUGGAGUACAGCAUCCGUUGCGAGGUCUCUUCCUCCGCAACUAUUUGCUCCAAUGCACCAGAAAUAUUUUGCCAGAUGAAGGGGAAGAAACCGAAGAAUCUGUAACUGGAGACAUCAAUGAUUCCAUGGACUUUGUGCUGCUGAACUUUGCAGAGAUGAACAAACUCUGGGUGCGAAUGCAGCACCAGGGUCACAGCAGAGACCGCGAAAAGCGUGAACGCGAACGUCAGGAGUUGCGAAUUCUUGUUGGGACAAACCUGGUUCGUCUGAGUCAGUUGGAAGGGGUUAAUGUCGAGAGGUACAAACAGAUCGUACUGCCUGGAAUACUGGAACAAGUUGUAAACUGUAGAGAUGGUUUGGCUCAAGAGUAUCUCAUGGAAUGUAUUAUUCAGGUAUUCCCUGAUGAAUUUCAUCUGCAAACAUUGAAUCCCUUCCUCCGAGCUUGUGCAGAGCUCCACCAGAAUGUUAAUGUUAAAAACAUUAUCAUUGCAUUGAUUGACAGGCUGGCUUUGUUUGCACACCGUGAAGAUGGGCCAGGAAUCCCUGCUGAUAUAAAACUUUUUGACAUCUUCUCACAACAAGUAGCUACAGUCAUACAGUCAAGGCAGGAUAUGCCAUCUGAAGAUGUGGUGUCUUUGCAAGUGUCUCUCAUCAACUUGGCCAUGAAGUGUUAUCCUGACCGGGUAGACUAUGUGGACAAAGUUCUUGAAACCACUGUGGAUAUCUUCAACAAACUCAAUCUUGAACAUAUUGCUACUAGCAGUGCGGUAUCUAAAGAGUUAACACGUCUCCUGAAGAUCCCUAUCGACACGUACAACAGCAUCUUGACUGUGUUGAAGCUGAAGCAUUUUCAUCCGCUGUUUGAAUACUUUGACUAUGAAUCUCGCAAAAAUAUGAGCUGUUAUAUACUAAGCAACGCAUUGGAGUACAAUACAGAGAUAAUUGCACAGGAACAGGUGGAUGCUAUACUGAGCUUGGUGUCAACGUUGAUUCAGGAUCAGCCGGAUCAGCCAGCAGAAGAUCCUGACCCAGAAGAUUUUGCUGAAGAGCAAAGUCUUGUAGGCAGGUUUAUUCACUUAUUUCGAUCUGAAGAUCCUGACCAGCAGUAUCUGAUUUUAAACACUGCAAGAAAACACUUUGGUGCUGGUGGAAAUCAGAGGAUUCGUUUCACUUUACCUCCGUUGGUCUUUGCAGCCUAUCAAUUGGCUUUCUGCUACAAAGAAAACUCCAAAGUGGAUGAAAAAUGGGAAAAGAAAUGCCAGAAGAUAUUUUCUUUUGCUCACCAGACCAUCAGUGCCCUGAUCAAAGCAGAGCUUGCUGAGCUGCCUCUCCGCCUGUUUCUACAGGGAGCGCUGGCUGCUGGGGAUAUUGGGUUUGAGAAUCAUGAAACAGUGGCGUAUGAAUUCAUGUCGCAGGCGUUUUCUUUGUAUGAAGAUGAAAUCAGUGAUUCCAAAGCACAGCUGGCAGCAAUCACGCUCAUUAUUGGAACGUUUGAGAGAAUGAAGUGUUUCAGUGAAGAGAAUCACGAGCCCUUGAGGACGCAGUGCGCAUUGGCGGCUUCAAAGUUGCUUAAGAAGCCAGAUCAGUGCCGUGCUGUCAGCAUCUGUGCUCACUUAUUUUGGUCUGGUCGAAACACAGAUAAAAAUGGAGAGGAGAUCCACGAUGGCAAGAGAGUGAUGGAGUGUCUGAAGAAGGCUUUGAAGAUAGCUAACCAGUGUAUGGAUCCAUCACUACAAGUUCAGCUCUUCACUGAAAUCCUUAACAGAUACAUAUACUUUUACGAGAAGGAAAAUGAGGCGGUGACGAUUCAAGUCUUAAAUCAGCUUAUUCAAAAAAUACGAGAAGAUCUUCCAAACUUAGAAUCCAGUGAAGAAACUGAGCAAAUUAAUAAACACUUUCACAACACACUGGAGCACCUGCGUCUGAGGAGAGAAUCGCCUGAAUCCGAUGGCCCAAUUUAUGAAGGUCUUGUCUUGUAAUUUACCACCUCUCAAAUUAUAUAAUUCCAGCAAAGAAAUUAAAUCUAUUCACACCUCCUUCUCUGCAGUAGAUGGGUUGGGAAUGUGCCUUUUACAGAUUGCAAGACAAUAGGAUUGCCACUGAAUUGUUUCAUAUCAUAUCUAUUGACCAAUGCUUCUUUCAAGGAAAACAUUCCCUGAAUUAAUCACUGAAAUAAAGUCAACAUGUGAUUGAUGGAAGUUUAAUCUGAACUUCCUCUACAGCAUGACUUGUAUUUGCAGUCCCCAUUUUCAUUUAACUUGAGAAAAGAAUGAGUCACGAUUGAAUUGAUUUUUUUUUAAAAAAUCCAUGUUUUACAGUUGCUUUCAAAUCUUCAGCUAUCUAGCUGAGUGCCCUAAAAUUGCUGAAUAGAUGCUGACGAUUUCAGUAAAAGUUAACAAUAAAGAGAGCGCUGUUUUAAAAGCCGGUGACUAUUUCAAUGUGGGGUUUGCGCACAUGCAUGCAUUUCAACAGAGCAGUAAUGUUAGUCCAGUUGAGUGGCAGGAUAUCAUCAGAGGAAAGAUUCAUUUGGUUGCAGGAAGUAUUGUAAAAAAAAUCAGAUUUUAAGAUGGGGGGUGGGGUGUUAUGGAGGCGGACCGACGGUGUUGUCUCCGUCUAAGGUUAGCAAAUUUAGUAACUGAGGGCGGGAAUUCACCCAGUGUUACAACUGCCCUAAUUAUAAAGCAAGCGAUUGCAGUAGCAAAGUAAACAUUUACAUAUUUUACGUAGUAUCAAUUUUUUUGUAUUUCAUUGGUAAUUACUUUAGUUUGAUUUAAUUGUAUUUGUCAAUUCUCUAACUUAUAUUAAUGUAACCGUUUUAUAAUGUAGCUAUGUUCAACAGUACUGGACCAAAGUGAUGGAAGGACAAAUCCUGCCUUUUAUUUAGUCAUUUGUUCAGCCAUUUGUUCUAAUUAUUUACCCCCAUCUUCUGUUUUUUUAACUCCUCUACCUGGAUAUCUCAUAUUCUUGAAUGAAAAUAGUUUCUGGGAAUUGUAUGAUAGUGGAUUAGUACACUGACCUUUUAUCUGUGGGAUGAAACUAAACCUGAGUUGUGAAUGGUAGGAUGAAUAUUUUUCCCUUUUGAUCUGGCUAUAGUGUCCUGUGACUAUGAGAAGUCUCAACCAUAAUGGCUGUGGGCUCCAUAGCACAAAUUAGCAUUCUCAGUCAAUGGGAACACAGGAUUGCUGUUUUUUGAGAAGUGAAAAAUGUCACUGUGGUGCUGACCUUCUGAGGUUGGGGCAGGCAAAGGGAACUUUACAUCUCACUAUGAUCUGUUUUGCCUGAAUAAAACUUGAUGCAGACACUGGGUUUUUACACUACCAGCAUCAGUACUCCUCUGCAUAUUAACACAAGAUUCACCAAAAAAAUGUGAAGUGUAUUUCUGCAACACUUUACCAAAAUAUAAUAUAAUGUUUGUUUCUGCAAGCAGGAAAGAAGGUAUUUUUGUCCCAAUGUUGCAAUUAAUCCCUACGUACCAAAAGCAGGAUUUAUAUUUACAUUGGUUCCUGAUUUAGCCAAAUAUUUCUACCCACCUGCAGAAAUUAGACUCCUGUCACCUCUCAACUCAAGGUUCAACUUUAAGAGAUCCUUGGGAGUGUGUAUGUGUGUAUAUAUAGUAAGAUUUAGACUCUAGAUGUUAUCCAUAAGGACAUGGAAGAUUGCAUGCUUGGUUGAAAAGAUUGUGCAAUUUCUGAAAAUGUCAAGUGUAAAAAAUAAUUCAUAUCCUUGAUUUAUGAUGCAAAAUGAGUUUCUAGAAAGAGGGAAUAAAUUGAACCAGCAAUCGUAUAAACAUUUAACAGCAUUUUAAAGAUAUUCUUACAAACUUCCACAAAUCUAAUAAGAUUAGAAGCCAAAGCAAACUACAGAAAUGCAUGGAUUUUUAAAAAAAAAAAAAAAUUCUCACCUAAAUACCAAGUUUUGCUUUAAGCUUUCCAAUUGUCAGUCUAGAAAUGGCACACUUUCAGCAACUGCCUUGUACUGCAGUUAAGCAGGUCACCCGGGUAGUGACUUUAACAUGUUGAGGGUAGUGGAGUCCUGGUUAGCAGGAUAAUGCAAAUUACCCAAAAUGAUAAUAUUCUACACUGCUUUUAGCAAGUCAAAGCUCUAAUUUGUGAUUUUUUCCUAAAUUUAAAAAGUGUCAAGUUUCCAUGAUCUUUGAGAACUGUUGCAUUGCCUAUUUUAGAUAUUGGUAUUGCUUCCCUGGAAUGCUUAAUCCUGCUCAUUCUGCCUGUAGGUGCUGUAGUAAUGUUGCAUUCUAUUGUAGCUUUAAAGACCUUGUUCUUAAAAAGUCACAUCACGUACUUCAUGUAAAAUCUUGAGCUGCUAAAUUGAUUUAAAAAAAGGUGGUGUUACCUGUAUUCAAAGGUUUAUGAUGUAUUUGUAUACAUGUAUCCUUGGAACUGAGCAUGUAUUCAUUUUCCCCACUUGAGAAAUGUACUUUUUGAAAUCACUGUAACAUACUUUAUAAUUCCUUUGUAAAUUAACUGGAGUAUUAUGGUCAAUGUAUUCAACAAAAAGCCUAUUAAAAUGCUUGACCAAGUGA